GCGCUCUCUAUGCUCCGGGAGGACAGAGCGGCCCCGUCGUUACCAUGGCUUCUCAGUUCUGCCGCCUGAGGAAGCCGAGCUAAGUGCCCGCUAGCUUCAGCGGCGACGCAGAUCCGGAAAGCGGAACAAAUCCUGUGCAGGAAAUCCGCGGAGCCCAGGGCCCGGCAGGCGGCGGGGAGCAGCCAGCGGUGUGGAAGAAUGGCGGUGAGCCACUCAGUGAAGGAGAGGACCAUCUCUGAGAACAGCCUGAUUAUCCUGCUGCAGGGCCUCCAGGGCCAGGUAACCACUGUGGACCUGAGGGAUGAGAGUGUGGUCCGUGGACGCAUAGACAACGUCGAUGCUUUCAUGAACAUCCGUCUAGCCAAGGUCACCUACACGGACCGCUGGGGGCAUCAAGUUGAGCUGGAUGACCUCUUUGUGACAGGCCGUAAUAUCCGUUAUGUCCACAUCCCAGAUGAUGUGAACAUCACCACAACCAUUGAGCAGCAGCUGCAGGUCAUCAAUCGGGUGCGCAACUUUGGCAGCAAGGGACAAGGCCGGCGGGAAUUUCCCUCCAAAAAGCAUAAAUGAGCCUGUCUCCUCAGCAAGCCCCAGCCCCCAGUCAGGUUCCUCCAGAGGUCUACCGAGCCAACUGCAGGCUGUACCUCCCUGCCUGGAAACUGGGAAGGGAAGGGCCAGCCCAGCAACUGGCAUCUGUAACAGACACCACCCAUCACAGCUGCCUUUACCAGGGUUCCACCUCUCGGACUCACCUGGGGACCCAGAAUCUAUUUAUCUGUCUGUGGCCUUGGGGUAGGUGACAAUCCCUGCUUUUGAUCAUUUACAUCUGAAUCUCUGAUUUACUGAUUUAAGGAAUCUCAAAUAGUUUUCAACUCUCUCCCAGUGAAAGUUAUUAAAUGUGCUUAGCUUGA